GCCGCACGCUCUUUCCACUGUACCCAGGGUGCAGUGCGGCACGGAGGAGGGCAUUUUGUGGUGAGGGAGUGAAAGCGGAGGGGUUAGCAGGAAGGAGAGAACACAAGAUGGCGGCCUAAGGAAGAAGCGGAGGGGCUGCGGCUGUGACUCAGGGAGGGAACCCCACAAAUAAACCUGGCAGUACUGGCUCCGGGAGGCUCGACAGAGCCGUACAUCGCUCAGAAACCGUGAAGGGAGCGGGGAGCUCGCCGAUUGAAGACACACAGAGAGCCCUCCUCCCUGCCCUCCGGGACCUGGGCAGCGCCAUCGGCCCCUUUCUCAUCGGGGUUUCAGUGCCAUUCCAGCACGGGCUCUAACCAGACUCAUUGUCGCCUGUAACUCUUUGCGGAUCAUGGCGAGCAGCAGCGGCUCUAAGGCCGAGUUUAUUGUCGGUGGGAAAUACAAGCUGGUGCGGAAAAUCGGAUCUGGCUCUUUUGGAGAUAUCUACCUGGCGAUUAACAUCACGAAUGGCGAGGAAGUUGCUGUAAAACUCGAGUCACAGAAAGCCCGUCACCCACAGUUGUUGUAUGAAAGUAAACUAUAUAAGAUUUUGCAAGGAGGAGUUGGCAUCCCACACAUCCGGUGGUAUGGACAAGAAAAAGAUUACAACGUUCUAGUCAUGGAUCUGCUUGGGCCAAGUCUCGAAGAUCUGUUCAAUUUUUGUUCACGCAGGUUCACAAUGAAAACUGUGCUUAUGUUAGCAGACCAGAUGAUCAGUAGAAUUGAAUAUGUACACACAAAGAAUUUUAUACACAGAGACAUCAAACCAGACAACUUUCUAAUGGGCAUUGGACGUCACUGUAAUAAGUGUUUCGAAUCUCCAGUGGGGAAGAGGAAAAGAAGCAUGACUGUUAGUACUUCUCAGGACCCAUCUUUCUCAGGAUUAAACCAGUUAUUCCUUAUAGACUUUGGUUUGGCCAAAAAGUACAGAGACAACAGAACAAGACAACACAUACCAUACAGAGAAGACAAAAACUUGACUGGCACGGCCCGCUACGCUAGUAUCAAUGCCCACUUAGGAAUUGAGCAGAGUCGUCGUGAUGAUAUGGAGUCUCUAGGAUAUGUACUAAUGUAUUUCAACAGAACUAGCCUUCCUUGGCAAGGGCUGAAGGCAGCAACCAAGAAACAGAAGUAUGAAAAGAUCAGUGAAAAGAAGAUGUCCACUCCUGUUGAAGUUUUGUGCAAGGGAUUUCCUGCAGAGUUUGCCAUGUAUCUCAAUUACUGUCGUGGAUUGCGCUUUGAGGAGGCACCAGAUUAUAUGUAUCUAAGGCAGCUCUUUCGAAUUCUGUUCAGAACCUUGAACCAUCAGUACGACUACACAUUUGACUGGACAAUGCUCAAGCAGAAGGCAGCUCAGCAAGCAGCCUCCUCCAGUGGGCAGGGCCAGCAAGCCCAAACCCCCACAGGCAAGCAAACUGACAAAUCCAAGAGUAACUUGAAAGGAUUUUGAAUUAAAAAAUAAAAGGAGCUGACAUCGCAGAUCCUGGCACGAGCUGGACCCAUCACUCCCUUAAAACCUAGAGAUUUUUAGUUCAUAUGUACACUUGACAGUUGUUGUGGGAGACCAUUUACUUGGUGUAAUACGGAACUUAAUUUCAGUCUAAACUGGCUACUAGCGGCGUCUGAUGUGCCGACUUUGUAGCUGCUGUUAAUAAUUGUGAAUAUCACUAAGAAUAGUGAAACAUGGUGUCCAGUUUUUUUAUUGCUAUUUUUCUCCCUCAUGAAAGAGUGGGACAGGUGGUUCAUUUAUCUGGCGGUUGACAGUGGUGGAAGAAAUUGUGCAUAUGCCAAUUUGUUUUGUUUUUUUUUUUUCCUAUGGUUAACCUCUUGAACCUUAACACAGCUUACUUCUGUUACUUUAGAAGAGCAACUGUGAAGUGGUUUCCUAGAGACAGUUGCGACGACCCUUGUCUAAAAAAACACAGCUCUCCAUUGUUCCUUCCUAAAUACUAUUUUUUUUUAAGUUGUACACUUAAACAUUCUUAGCCGUUGCACUGUUUGGCCUACCUGUUGUACACAUGGGUAUUCCUGCAGUAAAUGAGUAACUAGACAUUUACUUUUCCAAAUGUUUGUCACUUUGUAUGGUUGUUAUGGCGACCACAUGGCUCCAGGUUAUUAGGACCUUACUGGCGCAGCAGAUUCUCUUUUGUGGAGAAUGUUUUGGAUAUCACAAAUUACAUCCACAGCAAGCUGCCAAUUCUUGAUAAUCUGAAACCAUUAAACGUCCCUAAUUUAACCAAAGAUUGCAAUUUUAAGCAGAUCGUAUGACUGAGCUUUUCCUUGUUUUUAAAUAAAAGGAUGACUCCUUCAUUGCAGACUUGAAAACAAAAAUUAAAUUCUAGUCUUUAGGAAAUGGAAAAAUAACUUGUACAAAGCAAGCUGCAGCAUUUUUGUUUGUCACAAAUCUCGUUAACAUCCUAAAACUUAAAAGCUUGUUUAAGUGGCUUAGAAAAUGUAAUCACUGUAAACAUGAUCUGGGAUAUCUUUGUUUUUAUUUUGAACUAUUUUUGUUUGUUUACAAGUUCAUUAAAAACUAAAAAAAAAUCCAGUUUCU